AUGGCCCUUUUGUGCGGGCCGAUCGUGCCCCUUAGCACCGGAGAAGUCACGCCAAGGGCUGAUCUCUCAGCUGCUGAGGGCGAGUUCGUAAGACCCAGCCGGAACCCCGAACCGCGACACGUCGCACCGCGAGCGCUGAAAACGGAUGACGAGGUCAGCGGAGGACGCGCUUGGCUGUCGGUUGCAAAGGCGAAGUUCGCAGUUGUAGUUCUGGUGGGAAUCACAGUGAUGUCCCUGUUUGGGUGCAUGUUUCAGCCGCCGCAUGGAGCCGGCGGAGGCAACAGUAUUCGACUUCCCCCGAGAUGGGAACCUGCCAUGGAAACGACGCUUCCUUUCCGAACGUGGAUGCAAGAUUUGAUGCUGUGGACCAUUGGCACGGACCUGGCACCGCAUCAGCAAGCAGUGGCGACAAUCUCACAGCUUGGAGGUCCUGCGCGCGACUUGGCCAGGACGCUCACGCCAGGGGAGUUGUACAACGGCGGCGUGAUCAACGGUCAAGCUUUGGAUCCUGUCAGCUUUUUGCUGCACGGACUAUCCUCUCGCUUCGCACCUCUUGACGAAGAAAAUCGACUGCGAGCCGCACAAGAUCUGCUUUCCUUUGCAAGGCGCCAGGGCGAGUCGAUCGACGCGUUGAUUAGCCGUUUCGAUAUAACCCGAGAACUUGCUCGACGCGAAGGCGGAGGAGCAGUGGCAAUCGAGACAGCCACACUCAUCUUGCUCAGGGCUUGCGGUGUAUCGAGCGAGCAGUUCCAGUCCUUGACUCAACCAUUUGGGCUAAGGCUUCCAGCCAAUGAUGCGGAGUUUUCCCAGUUGUGCCAUCAUCUUCGUCGAAUGGCGCACAUAGUGGAGCGCCAUCCGAAUAACAUUGCUUCUGGACUGCGACAGACAUCUCAGGCUCACUUCAGUCAGGCCAGUUACCUUGCUGAAGCAGAUACAGGAUCUUCUCAUUCAGCUGAGCAUUGGCAGCAAGGAAGUGGAGGCCUGGAGUACUCUGGCGCCGAUGCGUCAAGGAACAUGGACUGGGCUUUCGCCGCAGCUCUCUGCUCUGAUCGGGACGAGCCGCUUCCAGUAGAAGACCUUCAGGGUAUGACGAAUGGCCAAGUGGAUGAGUACUUGUUUGGUCAGUACCAGCAGGCUAAGCGUAGAUGGAGAAGAUUCACUGGAAAGCCG